AUGGAUUUGGAGGACAGGGAGGCCCUCCGGCGGCGGCUAAUCGACACGGGAAGAGAAAGCCUUGGCAACCUGCCAUCUACAACUUCCGUCGAGUGGUCAGGACGUUCAACAGCUGUCUUUGGGAUUUUCAAAAUCGGAAAAUUUGCAAAACUGUUGUUAUACUCACUAGGAAAUGACCUUAGUGGGACUUCUGAAUGAAAUUAGGCUCACUAGAUGCAGUUUUUUAUGCUGUUUAUAAAUCUGGUCUCAAAAUUUGCCCUUGAAGCCUAUGAAAAAAGUUAAGGAUUUUUAAAAGUCGAAAAUUUCGAAGUCCUAGAUGCAUUUUUUUUAUGCUGAUUCCGAAUCGCUGCUCAAAAGUUGCCCAUGAAGCUUAUGGAAAAAGUUAGGGACUGUCAAAAUCAAAAAGUCCAAUGAUUUCAAUCGAGCUCAUUUUUGGAGGGUAGAUAGUUCUUGUCCCUCUGGUCUAGAAAAACUAUCUGUUUCGCUCGGAGUAGACUUUCGAGCCUAGAUACGACCUUUAAAAGCUAAAAAUUCAAAUUUGGGAUCCAGAAAAAUUUGAAAACUCUUGGCAACCUGCUAUCUGAAGCUUUGGGCUUUGAAAAAAAAUGUAUCUAUAACUUUCAAAAAAACUUUCCAGAAUUGAAAACAUUGGAAAAAUUUUUUUAUCUCAAUCCGAAGACGCUAUCACCAUUUUUUAUUACCAGAAUCCAUCAUAACUACAAAAAAAUUGCUACUUUAAAAAGCUUCUCUUUCCUUCAAAAAAACAGAAAAAAAGCGAAAUAAAGAUGAAAAAAACCCCAAAUUUCUAAAUUCUCAAUGGAGCGCACUUGAGUGGCGAGUAACAGCGAUUUAUUGAGUUCAAAAGGAAUUUUUCAUUUUUUUCGUCUUUGAAAAAAACUAUUAGAUAUUAGAUAAGAUUCUAUAAAACUUUGAUAUCAUGGAAAAAAAUUGUGUUUAUAAAGCUAGUAUUUUCAAAAAAAAAUCGAAAAUUUUUUUCUAAUUUGUCUCCCAAAAGCUUUUUAAAAGCAUUCUAUUGACACCUUCUCGUUAAAAAUAAGCUUCAAAAAAUCAUCACCAAAAAAUAAUUUUUCCCAAAAACCCUCAAAAAAUCCGUUCUCUAAAUAAAAUGAGGCCCCCCUGCUUUUGAAAAAGCGCAGACAAAAGCGCUUCAGGUAGACAAAAUGAAAUUGUGCGGAAAAAUAGCCAGGAUUAACCCAGAUACUACGGUUGGCGGCAAGCCAGCAAAAUUGAAAAAGGACAUGGACGGGGGGAAGGAGACGUCCUUGGGGCGCACAAACGGCGUGGACAAAAUAGCCGCGGCGCAGUUGCAUAACAGUCCGUUGGCUUCGAAUAGGGGUGUGUCCACUUGUCACACGAGUAUUGGUCAUUUCGAGGUAAUCGUUAAUGGAUUAGGGCUUUGA